AUGGGUAAAAAAGUGAAGAAGGAAGUAGAGUCUCCACCCAAGGAUGUGUUUGAUCCUUUAUUAAUUGAAAGCAAAACAGCAGCAACGGCCGUGCUAAUGCUCAGUUCUCCUGAAGAGGAAGUUUUGAUCAAAGCAUGUGAGGCCAUAUAUAAAUUUGCAUCAAAAGGUGAUGAAAACAAAGUGACACUUCUUGGUCUUGGAGCAGUGGAACCUCUAUAUAAACUCAUCUCACAUGAAGAUCCAACUGUACGCAGAAAUGCCGUUACAGUAUUUGGGAUCAUGGCAUCGAAUCCUGAUGUAAGGAAGUUGUUGAGAGAACUGGAUGCUACAAAUUCCCUUAUAUCACGGCUGGCACCGGAAGAAGAUGUAGUCGUCCAUGAAUUUGCUACGCUAUGUCUAGCACAUAUGGCUUCUGAGUAUACUAGUAAAAUACAGAUAUUUGAGCAAGGCGGACUAGAACCACUUAUCAGACUACUAGGUAGCCCUGAUCCUGAUGUUAAGAAGAAUUCGGUUGAAUGUAUCUAUCUCUUGGUGCAGGAUUUUCAAAGCCGGGCUGCAGUUCGUGAACUGAAUGUAAUUCCAGCCUUGCUGGAACUACUGAAAUCUGAAUACCCAGUUAUUCAGUUGUUAGCCCUCAAAACCUUGGAAGUAAUUAGCAAUGACAGAGAAACCAGGAUAAUACUGACAGAACACCAAGGGUUGGAUUAUCUCCUUAAGAUCCUAGAAACCAAGGAAUUCAGUGAUCUACACGUGGAAGCUCUUGCUGUGGUGGGGAAUUGUCUUGAAGAUGUGGAUACUAUGCAAUUGAUUCAGCGGUCGGGAGGCCUUAAAAAGCUGCUUUCAUUUAUAGAAGUUUCUACUAUUCCUGAAGUUCAGAAGAACGCAGCGAGGGCAAUUGCCAAGGCUGCUUAUGACUCUGAAAACAGAAAAAUCUUAAGUGAGCAUGAGGUUGAGAUGUGUCUCAUAAACCUUUUGGGAAAUGAUAAUGAUGGAGUUAAAGCUGCAGCUUCCCAAGCAAUAUCUGCCAUGUGUGAGAAUUUAGCUAGCAAAAGAGCAUUUGGACCCCAGGGGAUUCCCCAGCUAGUACAGUUGCUAAGCAGUGACAAUGAAGAAGUAAAAGAAUCUGCAGUCGUAGCUUUAGCUAAUUUGACAGCAGCCAGUCCUGGUAAUGCCAGUGCUGUUGCUGAAGCUGAAGGGAUUGAGCCAUUAAUAAAUACAUUGAGUGCUCAGAGAGACGGAGCCGUUGCGAACGCUGCUGCAGUGCUGACCAACAUGGCCAUGCAGGAGCCGCUGCGCCUGAGCGCCGCCAGCCAGGGCGCGCGGCGCGCGCUCGUGGGGCCCCUGCGCUCCACCAACAGCCACGUGCAGAGCACGGCGGCCUUCGCCGUAGCCGCGUUUGCUUGCGACGCCGACGCAAGAACUGAGUUAAGAAAUGCAAAUGGCCUGGGACCACUCAUUGAAUUGCUGCGUUCUAGGAAUGAAGAAGUCAGAAGAAAUGCCUGUUGGGCUGUUAUGGUUUGUGCAAGUGAUGAACCUACAGCUAUUGAGCUGUGUAGGCUAGGGGCUUUAGAGAACUUAGAAGAAAUUAAUCUGUCAACGGGGCACAAAAAUAACUUCAGUAAAGGAGCUCUGGAAAAGCUACUUGAUAACAAUCUCUCCCAAAAGUAUGGCCAGAUGGGUUAUUUAUCAUCAAAUAACAUUAUUACUGAUGGAUUCUAUGACUGUGGUCAGAUACAACCUGGAGUGAAAUUUUUAUCUUUGGAGGAACUGAGUAAAAAAGAGCUUACUGACCGUCGAGCCAUAAUCUUCAUUAAUGCUAAACCACAAAAUACUGUCCCUGCAGCAGAGGAAAAGCCACAAGAUGCAUCUAAUGAACAGGCUAACUUGGCAUAUUCUUCUUCAAGACGAAGCAGUAGAGAAAAACCCAGUUUAACGGCAUCUCCAGUGGAAGAAAAACAGGAAUUAGCUGGACGAAGGUCUUCACUCAACAAAAGCAGCAGUAGAGAGAAAGGCUCAAGGAAAGGGAAGGUGAAAAAAGAAGAGGAAAAAGUGAAAGAAGAAGAUGUUCAGAUUACACCCGAAGUCCAGGAUGAAGUAAACCUUGAAAAUGUGCCUUGGUCUCCACCACCUGACGCCAUUUUACUGGAAUACAUUAACGACGCUUCCAAAACAAUUCUACCACUAACAACUACCUGGAAGCAGGUUGUGGCUCUUGCACAGUUUGUUGCAGACAAGAUGGGUGGCCCAAUUGAAAGAGACAGACUGCAUGACUUCAGCUGGGAACUUCACAUAAGUGAAAUCGAAUUUGAGCUGAAAUGCAAUGUUGUGCCUAUUGGGAAAGUCAAAAAAGGAACAUUCUACCACAGAGCUCUGCUUUUCAAGGUGAUAGCAGACAGAAUUGGCAUUGGCUGCAGUUUAGUUCGUGGCGAGUAUAACAGAGCCUGGAAUGAAGUUAAGUUAGUUGAUGACUCUCCUCAAGGAAUAACUGGUCUUCUGCUUCCUCCUCAGGAGUAUAUUGUAGAUCUAAUGUUUGAGCCAGGCAAUUUGAUGAAGCAAGGGAGCGCAGAGGCAGAUCGCUAUAAAUGUAUUUAA